ACCUGCCGGAGUCGCCUAGGGGAGCGGGAGCCUUGGCGGCCAUGGCGGUCUCGGAGCCCGGGUACCGGAGCUGGUCCUUGUGGCCCGAGGUGCCAUCCGCCACCUUCUUCACCGCGCUGCUCUCGCUGCUGGUGUCUGGGCCUCGCCUGUUCCUGUUGCAGCCUCCCCUGGCGCCCUCGGGCCUCUCGCUGCGGUCCGAGGCUCUGCGCAACUGGCAAGCCACUAUGGAAGGAGAGGUCAGGAUUACAGCCGAGGAGACGGGCACAAAGAGUGUUAAGUGACACCCACUCAAUCCACCUGAAGCCGUUACAAUUAAUUAACCCUCAAACUGCCCGGUGAGAUAGUUUACAGGCUGGUGACUUACAUCUUUGUCUACGAGAACCCAGUCUCCCUGCUCUGCGGUGCCAUCAUCAUCUGGCGCUUUGCUGGCAAUUUUGAGAGAACCGUGGGCACCGUCCGCCACUGCUUCUUCACCGUGAUCUUCGCCAUCAUCUGCGCCAUCAUCUUCCUGUCUUUUGAAGCUGUGUCAUCGCUGUCAAAGCUGGGGGAGGUAGAGGAUGCCAGAGGUUUCACCCCAGUGGCUUUUGCCAUGCUGGGAGUCAAUUCCGUCCGCUCUCGGAUGAGGAGGGCCCUGGUGUUUGGCAUGGUUGUGCCCUCAAUGCUGGUGCCGUGGCUUCUGCUCUGUGCCUCCUGGCUCAUUCCCCAGACCUCUUUCCUCAGUAACGUCUGUGGACUUGGAAUUGGGCUAACAUAUGGCUUCACCUACUGCUACUCCAUCGACCUCCCAGAGCGAGUUGCACUGAAGCUUGACCAGAAGUUCCCCUUCAGCCUGAUGAGGAAGAUUUCGAUGUUCAAGUACAUCUCCGGCUCUUCAGCUGAAAGAAGGGCAGCCCAAAGCCGGAAGCUGAACCCUGUGCCUGGCUCCUACCCCACACAGAGCGGCCACCCUCACCUGGCCCCGAACCACCCUGUGGCCCAGAUGCAGCACACCAGUGGCCAGAAACUGGCCCCCUGGCCGUCCUGGGUCCCUGGGCACACGGCCACCCUGCCUCCGUACCAGCCCACGUCCGGCCUGUGUUACGUGCAGAACCAUUUUGGCACAGUUCCCAGCUCCUCUGGUGUCUACCCGGCUUCUGCGGGUGCCUCCCUGGGGGUCCAGCCCCCCGCCCCCCUCAAUUGCCCCGGCACAGUGCAUUCCGGGGCCCUGGCCAGUUCAGCGACUACAGGCUCCAAGGAGUGCUCAAGGGUCCUGAUCCCCUGAGAGAGAGUUUCCAGGGAAGCGAUCUCCCAUCUCGGCCUUCUGAGGAAGGUCCCUUCUGAGCUGAGAUGUUCUUGACAAAAAGUUACUUACUGAACACCUCUAUGUGCCAGGCUCUGUGUUGAGUAUUUUGAUAUGUGUCUCUAUUUCAUUCUCAUUCAUCCUCGUGACAACUUGGUGAAGUACAGCUUGUCGUCCCCAGUUUACAGAUGCAGAAAGCGUACAGUGAGGUCACGUGGCCUUGUAGUGGCACAGCUGGGGCGCUUGGCUCCAGGCCCAGGCCCCGGCCCCGCCCACCCACUGUCCCGCCCCCCACAGGACACCUGGGAGAAGAGGGCAUUGGUGGUCAGUGGCUCGUUUCAGCUCUCCGUUCCCUUCCUGUCCUCGUACGUCAUGCUCGUGGUUAUGCCGUGUUCGUGUGACUGCGCGUGCCCUUUGGGAGCUCCCGGCUGGUGUGCUCGCCAGUCCCCAGGCCUGUGCGGUGUUCCUCCCUUGCGGUGACCCCCCAGCCCCACAACCAGACUUCUGCCCCGGAAGUGGUGCGACGGGCCAGCGUGAGCCGCAGCUGCAUGCUUCUGGAUCCAUAGUGCUGAUUACCUUUGUAUAAAGAAACAGCCUCCAGCCUGC